UACCUAUGUCCUAUACCUACGUAAAAAUAAAACUACUUAUUUACGACAUUCAGACCGACCUAUUCAGGUGUUAAACUAACAGAUUAAUUUAGUCUGACGACGACGAGUCUUACAGAAAUGAAAAUCUUGGUGGUCAUAAGCACGACUUUCCUGCUCACGUUAAUACCAGUGGAUGUACAAAGAAUGAUAAAUGUCAGCAGAAUUCGACACUUUGAAAUCAUAUCAGAAAGUGGCGACUUGAAGACCAUCAACAUAACCUUAUUUCACGAUAAAAUGCAAGAUAGAGUAGCCGGAGUAGUUGAAUUUACUAGAAAUGUUCAUCUGAAACAAGUUACAUUUCUUAUAUUUCGAUGCAGUUUUGAGAACUACGCUUGUGAAAAUUUUCAAACUUGGAAAGUAGAAGGUAAAGUGCUGGAGCAAAUGCCAAAAAUGAAAAAUCAAAUGUGGAGCCCUUUAUUCGACAACUUUAAUCCGAAAUUGGACGUUCCUCACAUCAAAAAAAGUAUUUACCGACAUUCAGGUGGCAAUUUCGAUGCCAAUGCUGUACUCAAGUUUUAUCCAGAGGCUACAAAAUACUUUUGGAAGCUUAACGUCACAUUGGUUGAUAUAGAUGAUAAGACAGUGGCUACAUUGUUAUUUGAAGCGACUUUUCAUACAUUCGCUGUGAGAGACAGGAAAGAAGUCGAGCAUACUCGUAAUGCUCAUAUUUUGUGAUGAAGAUCCUGCAAUGAGAUAGUGAUGAGCUAAUGAAUUUUGAUGAUUUUGAUAUUUAAAUAUUUAGGUCUAUUUCUGUGCAUGGAUUCCAUCACAUAGAAUACUUACAGGUAAAAUAAAUAUAUAGAUAUAAUAA